AGAGGUCUGUUACUUGGGUAUAAGUAUUGCUGUGGAAGCAGAAAUGGACUUACCCGCUUCAUAUUACGGGAAACUUGAUAAAAGAAACCCAGUUGUUUUAACUUUUGAACGAGACAUGAACUUGUUUAUAUCGCUGAUGAAACGAGCCGCUUCCUCUACCAGCCGAGAUAACGACUGUCAUGCUAAAGGGAUGAAAAUCCUAAUGGACAUAUGGAAAAAGUACAAACAUCGACUGCCUUCGAAGUUUUACCAGGAGCGCAUGUUGCAGAUGGCAGAUUUUCUCUUUGGGAUAAAGUUGUACCAGUUCGCUCUUUGGCAGGGAUACAGUCUCCACCUGCUGCAGUUCAACUCAGUGAGAAUAACUGACAUCACAGAUGUAAAGCAUUUCAUGGCCUGCUUCUUCCCUGAAGGGUUUGAUACAGACCAAGAAACAUUUGCCAUGAAGAUCCGUGCAAUGCAGGGUUGUGCCCUGUGUAUAUUUGAGUUGGAGAAAAGGCAUUGUGUCCUCAGCCAGAAGGGACUCCGUGAACUGCUGCAUGUACUGAACUUCCUCAGGAUCAUGAUGCAGGCGUUUCAGCAACACGAUCAUCUGUGCUGGCUACUAUAUAAUGGUUCAUUACACAUCUACACCAUCUGCCGUUACCUGAUGACUAUGAAUUGUAGUGCACAGGCGCUGGAGUUCCUUCUGUGGGCAAGCAUCAGUUUAGAGCUCUCCAUUCCUCUAAUGACUGCUAAGUAUCUGCCGUGGAUUGUCACACUCUACUGUGCUGUCUGCCAGUGUUACUAUGACAACAAGGCUGCUGUGAAGGCGGAGAAGUAUGCCAGGAGAGCCCUUGGAAAAAUCAAUGAGCUGGCAAAGCUGGAAGAGCAGAGUGAAGUUCCUGUCACCAGAGAGACUCGUAGAGCUUACAAAGAAGCCUCUAUCCAGCUGGCUGCCAUGCUGUUUAAACGUUCGGUGUUUGAGGCCAGAAGAAGACCCAAGUCUACGUUCAGACAUAAAAUGAAAAGCACCUUGAAGGACAUACCCAAUGGGCCAUGGCCUCGUACUACAACAGAGCGCAUGCUAUCGGCGCUGUUUGACAGCAGUGCAGCGCAGUUCUUGGGCAUUUUGGAAGCACUUUGGGACAGCACCAGACGCCUCCUGGAUACGAGGAUGCCAGAUGAACCAGAGCUGCAGGAGGUGAUCCUGGAGCUCCUGUCUGCCGGCAUCAGUAUAUUAUCUGGAGCUGCAACUACUAGCGAGUCUCUUGGAUGUCUCAGUGCACUGACACCAACCUCCACCUUAUUGGAUUUAGCCGUUACAGGAGGAAACAGAGUACCCAUCAUGUCUGCGAUGCGGUUCAUUAAGAUGCUUUUUCAGUACAAGCAGACAGAGGCUUUCACUGAACUGUCCAGAGAGAUGCUGCAGGUUUUGUCUGGUGUGGAAGGUCAGUCUUACAGGAGGGCAGAGCUGGAGGUAGCUUUACUCGACAGUUUCAACACUCUGCUGUCUUCCCAGAGGAGCCACCCGAAAGAGGACAACACGAGUGAGGGCAAACGCAUUUCUUCAUUCUCAAUGAAUGAUGAGUUCAUCGGCCUGGUAGACACCCUGCACAAGUCUGCAUGUGCCUCUGCUCCUGAGGUGCAGCUAGAUGGAGACCUGGUUUUGGAUGUUUUAUUAUUUCUCUGGGGUCAAGUGAAGCUGGUGAUCCAGAGGGAGCCGCGGCCAAACAUAGAGCCUCUAAAUAACCUUGAAAAGUUGGAUCAUUACGAUAAGUGGCUGUGGUGUCUGUCCAUGCUGUGUGAGGUGGCUUUGGCCUGUAACCUGGCAACUGUUGACUGCAUAAUAAUGGCAGAGAUGAUUCACACAUGGGCCAUGCUGCUAGAGAGUGCAGCUGAAUACAGCAAACAAUGUCCAGGUCUAGGAUCUUUUGAGGCAGACUGUGAAAGUGUGAAGCCAAACUCUUUCUCUACUCUUGAGAGUUCAAGUACAGAGCUGCUUCAGAAAGUGUGUGUGGUGGUGGAGCGGGGUCUUGACGCCCUGGCAGAGGGUGUAGCUGCAUUACUGCCUCAGGAUUCCUCAGCAAUCACUGACUAUGCCUUUAUGCAGAAAUUUCGUCCCCUCAUUCCAUCAACUCCUAUGUCUUCUUUGACAUCGUUGCAAGAGGAAAAUAAAGAUGGUGAAAUAAGUGGGAAGGAUAAAGAAGAAGUGGAAGCUGAGGCAAAAUCAGAUAUUGAAAGCUCUCAACACGCUCAGUCCAAACGUGUGUUCCUGCUGGCAGCAGACCUUUAUCUAGAGCUGGACAUCAUUCACCACAGGGCUUCUCUGAAGUUACUGCAGCUGAAUGCAGUCACAGAGUCAGAACUGUUGAAUCGGAUCAAGAAGAACAAGGUGUCCAAAGCUCUUUUCCUGAUCCAGAAAGCCUUGAUGGCGCACAACAGCAUGGAGCCAAAUAACAGCAAGAAAACCAAGAGUCUGCUGGAGGAGGCCUCCACCCUGAUAGAGAAAGCAGGGGUGGAAGAAAGGAAACUGUAUCUCUCAACCUGUAAAACUCCAGCUGAAGAUAAAGGAAAGAACGAGAAUAAAGAAAACCCUCCACCUGCCCCCAUCCUACUCUCACGCACUUACCUCUCCUUUACCUUUGCCCCAGCACCCUAUAAUUCCGAAAACCAGGUGUACUGGUAUCAGCUCUGCGGACGUCCAGCGGAGGGCAUUAAUUGGAAAGUCCGCCUUGGGGACUGCAGCCUGCCAGGAACUGGAAAUAUGGUACCAUCAGUAUCUGGAGAGAGCGUGAUGAGGGUUGAGGGGCUGCAGCCGAACCAGAAGUAUGUGUUUGCAGUAGCAGCCUACAACAGCCAGGGAAAGCUCCUUGGUAACGGCAUAGGAGAUUCAACAUUUCCACUGCUGGCAUCCUUGCCGGUACCACUGCUCUCUACUUUGGCUCACUUGGCACAGGUUGCAUUUCAAACGAACCACUAUGCCAUUGCAAAGAGAGCCUGUAGAGAACUGUGGAUCCACUAUACAGACCCCGACUCUGGAGCCAACAGCACACAGGACAGACUUGCCAUGACAGGGCUGCGUGUCCAGACCCUGCAACAGUCCUCUCCUCUGCUGUGUCAGCUGUUCCUCACUUCCAUCUUCAUUGAGACAGAGAUAAACAUUCAGCAGGGAUUGCUGAAUAGUGAAAAUGGACCGUUUAUCUGGGAACAGGAAACCAGACUGGCAGAGUGUGAGCGAAUGCUGGUGGCCAUGGACCUGGCCAUGUGGUUGAAUGACGGCUGCGUUGCCGUGCAAGCUGCAGUCAGCUGUUAUGGCCUCUUAGCACCAAUAAUCUUCCAUCAGAUCACUUGCGACCAAGUAAUUCAGGUGUUGAAAAAAUGCUUGAUAGUUCUGGAGGAGAAUUCAGGACUCCUUAAACAAAAAUGGAGUGGAAACGCAUCAGAGUCGUUUAUGCACAUGAUAGCAUGCAUCACCUACUACCUGUCCAAGGCGCUACGUGUGCUCAGAGAGCAUUACAUGGCUUCUGCGGUGAUGGACUGUGGUCGCAGGCUGCUCCAAGAGAUCUACGAUGCCCAGCUGCAGAUCAGCAGACUUGCCAAUAAAGCUAUGGGUAAAAAGAAAGAUCAUGCUGAAAUCAAGGCUGAAAUAAAGAUAAGUUUCCAACUGAAGGCACUGUAUCAGAAGAACAAGAAAGAAAUCCCAUCUGAAGCAGCUCUCCCAGCAGACAAUGACAUUGCCCGCCCGCUGACUGGCUGUGAGGAUCCCUCCAUAUUGUACGAUGUGAUCUCCAACGGCCCCUUAAAGGAGGCUUAUCUGGACGUGAUGAAGAUCAGACGGAAGGUCUAUUUUAUUGAGUUUGCAACACUUCUUCUCCAGAGAACCAUGGAGGAAGGCCAACUAGACCUUGUGCUGAAGUGGGGUCAAAGCAUGUUUGAAUUUCUUAACAGGCGUGACAAGGUGAUGGGACUGUCCUCAAAAUCUUUGGAGGGAAACAGUCCGAGCAAAAGACGCAUUAGUGCUCAGACUCUGAAAGCAAAUGAACCACUACAGCAGAACAAGAACACACCUUCACACGAUGAUGCAAGAAAGAAACUAAAGCAGAACAUGCCACAGAGCAUGCUUCAGAGAGUGAGAACGAACAGGGAUUUGCAGGGUGUGGAGAACCUGCUUGCCAUGAUGACCUCUGUGGUGCAGCGGCACAAGAAGCAGUUUCAGCUGAGGAACAUCUGCUGCGAUGAGAGAGUGUGGAAGUCUCACCUCAACUACAUCGUGGCUCAAGCACAUUUAGCUCUGCUUUACCAGGGCCUGGACACGCUGCAUGGAGGAGCCCUGCAGCCCAGUUACGGGCAGUUAGAUCCAUUGUGUUUCUCUCUGGCUUACUCUGGUUUACUGGUGCGGAGAAACUGGCAGCGACAACAGUCUUCUAAACACGAGUUUGUCUCAGAGAGAGGCUCCUCUCUUAAGGAUCACGUGGCUGCACACAAAGAGAGGAAUAAAAAGGAGGCAAGCAGAGGUGAUGAUGUUACAGAGGAGAGUUGUGAGGAGGGGGAGGACUGCUCUCAAACUGUGGAACAGCCGAUUGAGACGCAUGGACACACCACUGCCUUGGUUCUGGAUUCAAUUAACAAAGCUGCUUUACAUCUACGAAGGGCCAUGGUGUUGGCCCACCGUGGCAGCCACUGGACCACUCUGCAGUGUGUGUGUCAGACCCUGUGGGAUCAAAGCUGCCGAAUCACUGUCCUAGUGGAUAGAGCUGCUCAACUGGACCUACCUUCCCCCCUCCAGGACCAGCUGAACACCACCUUCACCCCACUGCUGGUGCUGGCUGCUGACCUCAUCAUGGACAUGCUGAACAGACUUGGGCUGUGGAGUGCGUAUGACAGGGACCUGACUGAGGAUGAACUAGAGUCCAGUCUCCACUUCUCUGCCCCGCUGGAUAACGGAACCCAGGUGGACCUGCGUUGGGUCCGCACCCUGUUGCUGCACACUCUCGAGCGUCUCCAUGACAGUGGCAAAUGGGAAAGCCUGGCCCACUUUGCCUUAGUUUUUAACAAUUAUACACGGGAACGUUAUGCCUCUAUUGUCACUCCUCUAGUAGUCCUUGCUCAGAGGAAGCUGCUCGAAAGGAUUCAUUCUUCUGGAGGACCUGCAGUCCCUCAGCCACACCAUGUCAAGACACAGAAGGCCACUGGCAAGGAGGUAACUUACAGAAGCUACGCAGACUCCCAGCUGCUCAUAGGGUGGACCCCCCACCCUGCUCGGACACCAAUUCACAAAAAACUCACAAACUCAACUCCUCGAGACACAGACGACUUUAAAGGUGCAGAGAUACAGCACUCCAUGUCGCUUGUGUGCGUCCCUCUGGAUGUAGAAGACACACUGAGCUGUUAUCGUCAAGCCCUCGAGAGAAGACCACACUGUCUUCAGGUCUUCCAGCAUAGUCGCUCCUUACUGCUGCAGCUGCUUGCAUACACAAAGCCCUGUUUUACGGCACAGGUGCAGCAGUGUCAGAGCAGAACUCUCAGCCAUUCCACAAGUCUGGUUGAUUUCAAUCCCUUAGCUAUGCCGUCUCCAAACAUACAACCUUGUGACCUGUCCGACGAGGAUUACAGCUCCCCAAAUGCUCUCUACAGCCUCCCCAUCAGCCCUGAACACAUGCCGACUGUCAGUGCUGCAUACUCUGCCUCCAUUAAGUAUCUGCGGGCCAACCAUCAUGAUUCCCUCAGAGUUCUGGCGCUGCAUGAAAAGGGAAACCUAGAGUUCUACAAUGGAAACCCGGGGGCAGCACACUCAUACUGGAGUAAAGCUGUAGACUGUGCCUUACAGAGCUCUGGUGCUGUAGAGAACUGGGAUGGAGUGUCACUUGAGGGUGGCUCCCUGCAGGAAACCCUGAAACAGGCUGGCAUCUGGGGAUGUCUGCAGGCUGCUGUGCUGACUGCUAAGAUUGCCCAGUACAUCUUAACUGCUGAUAUCAGCCAGCGUACAAACUGCUGUCUCAUGUCUGCACACUUCUUUAAGUGUGUGCUGUGCUGCUCCCUGGCUCAGCCCCAGGGCGACAUUCAGUACGCCUCUCACAGCAUCGGAGAUGAACUGCUCCCCGGAGUGGACCUUUUCUCUGAGCCUCACAGGGUUCCCCUCAGCACCACUGUAGUCAGCCUGAACUUCGUCUGCCACUGGCUUUACACCGAAGGCUACUACAUCACGCUUCUGCCCAUACUAGCCCUUUACCUUCAUUUUGUGGGGUCUGUGUGCAGAGAUUUCCAGCGCACCAUUGAGGCCAAAAUACUUAAGAUGCGUGCCCUUACUGAACUGUGUCUGUUCACUGAGGCUGUAAAGGACGCAGUUCAGCUCACACAAGGAACAGGGAUCCCUCCGCCCUACGGACACUGUACAACCAAAGAUAAUCUCCAACCUGUGAAGAUGUUCUACAGCAACAAAUCUCUCCUGGACAAUACUGAGGCUUUGGAGGAACUUAUAAACUGCGAGUUUGCUCCAGAGGUCAGCACGCUGUAUGGAUCCACAUUGGGCCUCCGAUUCAAACUUGCUCGCACUCAACUAGUCCUGGCACUCAGUAACACCGUGCGUGCGCCCCCUGAUCCAGACGUUGUUGAAGGAGAAGCUUUUUCAGUGACCUCAAAACACCAUGAAGAGGACAGACUGGACACUGAGGGCUCCAGUCUGAACACAGAAGAGCCAAAAAUGUUUACCUUUGGUACCAAGAAGGAGAAUCUAACUCCAGAAACGAUUAAGUUUAUUUUGCUAGAAGUAGUGUCCUCCUGGUUGCACCCCUUCUCACAGCAACUGAGCUCUCUGACCUGCAGCAAAAUGGAGAACCUGGAACUGACAAUAGAGUCCAAACUUCUGAAGGCCAGCCUGUACCUGCAGCAAGGCAAUGCUGCAUAUAGUUCUAAGAUGGCAAUUUCCUCCUUCAUGCUGCUGCAGACGUCUCCUGUAAUCAUGAAAGGGAUCAUAAAUGGCUCUCCUGCGUCUGACAUACUGCACACCCCGAGUGAACGGGUUACUCAACAUUGCAGUGUUUCACACACACAGCAUGAAGACUCGCCCAGAGCAGUUGAGGCAGGUGAGAGAGUUGGACCCCCUAUGUGGCUGCGUUGCCGCCUGGCUCUGGUCCGCAGCCUCACUUCACACAUCCCUGGCACUGCUGAGCUGAUGCCAGGUAAAAACAUCAAUGUGGAGACGACUCGGAUUUUACAGGAGGGUCUCGAUGAAUGUGCGCGUUGGGGAGACAUUGAUAUUCAAGCCCUUUUGAUGGUGGAAGGUGCAGAAUUGAAAGCAAAGAGAGGCAAGACCGGUGACAGCGUGGCUAUGUUGCAGGAUGCAGUGACCCUGCUGUCUGAACGUACAUGCAUGCCUCCAGGAUCCAGUCUGACUCUGGCUCGUGCCACUUUGCUGCUCAGCGACUUAAGAGGAGUACAGAGCACCACAAUUCUCAAACUGACACAGAAAUUUCUCACAAACCAGCUAAGUGUUUUUGGUCAGAGAGUGGUGUCGGAUGAUGGAAAAAUGUGCUACCCUCCUCCUGGACCCAGCAACAUCUACCUCCCUUACCUCAACAUACUGGAUCAGACCACAUUGCAAAUUGGUCACAUGCUGGAUCUUAAUGACAUGCAAAUACCAGAACCUGCCCAGUCAUCGCAAUCCACUUCCAGGCAGCGUUCACACCACUCCAGCCGGAUUGGGAGAGACUCUGUCGCAUCAGUCACGUCUCCAUCUCUAAACAGCCUGAACACAACGAAUCCUACGAGUCCACCAUGCCUAGAAAGAUAGCCAGAGUACAUUGACAGCCAUAAUGUGGAUAUAGGGCUGCACGCUUGAUCAUUAAAAGCAAAUAAAACAUGGAACUGGAAUCUGUGGUUACACAUAUGCUGAACAAUGUAAAUGUAAGGAAUGUAUAUUCUGUUAUGGAUGUUUUUAGCUGCAGUAAUUUGUCAAUGUUUGGAUUUGAAAAAUAUGAUGUUGAUCCUGCGUAUUCGUUUGUAGGUCUCUAAUCUUAUGGUAUGUUUACUAGUAAAUAAUGAAACGAGGAGAAGAGUUGAUAGUGUGGGGAAUAAAUCAUUUUGAAGAGA